AUGAAUACUGAUGAAAUAAUUGAUCACAAGGACAAAAGAAAGUCCUUUUCUCGCAGCGAUGCGAUUUCCUUGGAAGACGAUCGUCUGAAGACCCCAAUUCGACUAGUGAAUUCGCAAACUAGACCUGCAUUGAGCAGUUCCUUGUCUAAGGGUAAGUGUGAAACUGUUCCGACUUUAAUUGUUGAUGUUUAGAUUCUACUGGAUAUACAGAUGCUACCGGAAUUGACCUUACAGUCUUUAUAAAGGAGACUCUGCAUAAGAACCAUAAAGACCGUCAGCAUGUUCUCCAUCUUGAACAGGUGUUUCGCCAAUUUCUUGAAGAUCCAUCCAAGAAAGUCUUUGAAUUCCCUAAUAUGACUUCUUAUGAUCGUAUGAUUGUGCACAGAGUUGCCGCAUUCUUUGGCCUUGACCACAAUGUCACUCAAGACGGCCAGUCUGUAGUUGUCACCAAAACUGAUUAUGCUACUGCGUGAGUUGAUUGUGUCUUUUAAUGGUCUUUUUUAGUCCCCCGUUCCCCUUUAAGAGCCUCAUCGAGAACGACCAGUUCACAGAGAAGCCCCGUCGCAACUCUAGUAGCCGUUAUGGUGGAAUGAAGCCUUUCCAGAAGUUCCCAGACUUCGGCGAGACUGACCCGAGAAGAAGAACCAAGUCUGUGGAUAUGCCCUCGGGCAGUGUAUAUUCUCCCAUCCCGUUCUAUGCCCAGUCUCAGAUGAUGUUACCCACAAAUGUAACCGGUGAUGGACGUAAGAAGCGGAUGAAUUCCCACUCAUCAACUGCUUCUGAAUCCACUUGUGAGCCUGAUUACAGUCAAUUCAUUAGUCCGGUGGUGUACCCUGCCGGUUACCCCUCCCCUCUUCCUUAUGGAAUGUAUCCGGCUAAUCCAGUGGUGCUUUCUCAGGCCACAAGUAUCCCGGCUGGGGCGUUGUAUUAUCCCAGUGCUUCUCUUCCAUACAACGCGGGAAAUCCCCCUCCAACUCCUUAUUACAACUAA